AUGCCGCAUGGACGUGGCGCCCGUGGUCGUGACACCCGUGGUUGUGGUGCCCGUAGUCGUGGUGCCCGUGGACGAGGCACCCGAGUUACCCCUCUUACUCGAGCACAUCCUGCUCCCGUUAUUGAGGAUCUGAUUCCUGAGGUCCCGAUCCAGCUUGCUCCCCCAGUUAAACCGGUAGCGCCCGUACCUUCAGUUGCUCCAGUUCCCCCACCUAUCCCCCCUCCUCAACCUGUUGUUCUAGUUAUAGAGGCUCCAUUUGCUCUGGUUCCCCCACCUAUUCCCCCUCCUCAGUCUGCUAUUCCAGUUUUGGAGGUCUUGCUCCGCUGGCCGCACCCAUGCCUUCGCCUAAGGCGAGUGCCGCCCCUGCCUUUCUGA